AGUGAGUGUAAUGUUUCAAAAAAUAUUAUAUUUUUUUAUUCCGCUUAAUCGUAUAUUAUAGAUUGCCAAAGGCAAGAAGGUCAUAAGUAAGUUUGAUUUUAAAAAUUAAAUUAAUUUUUGUUCUAUUUUAGAUUGAUUCAAACAUCAAAAUCAAGAGUAAGAUUGACUCAAAUAUGGGAUAGGUUGAUUCAAACAUCAAAAUCAAGAGUUGACUCACACAUGGAACAGGUUGAUUCAAACAUCAAAAUCAAGAGUUGA